AUGAACGAAGAAAUCGAUACGCAUGUGUCAGAGGAUCAGGCGUCUGAAGUUUAUGAGCUUAUGGAAGUUGAUGAGGACACAGACAGCGAAGAAGAAGAGCUGCUCACCAGCGGGGAACAGCAAGCGGAGAAUGUUCAGCAGCCCGAAGAGGAACAGGAGAGCGAAGAUGAGCGAGAGGCCUUGUCAGUGGCUGCAUCUGCUCAAGAGACUAGCAAAAGUUUGUUUCAACUUGCGAAGGACCCAAGCAUCAACCAAGAGACAAUUGCCACCGAAUGGGUGGAAAUGUAUAAAGAGUGUCACUCCACAGCCCUUUUGCGUUUGAUGCAGCUUUUGGUGGAUGCAAGUGGCAGUCAAUAUGUGAUACCCGCGGCCACUGCGGCACCCUUCAAGUACACGGACAUACUGCAGGCAGCCACGUGUAGUUUUGCUUGCGUUAGCAAAUUGUACCCGUUGGUUGCCAAGGAGGGGCACUGCAUUGCCGCAAAGCUGUGCUCAUUUAUGCAGUGUCUUGUGAAGGCCAUCUAUACCCAAGGCGAGGAGCCGAUGCCUUCGAAUGUUUGCAGAGAGUUUUCGUCAUUUAUUUUGGUAUUUUCGGACUCGAAAGUGCGUGCUUUUCGCCACACAAGCACACUGAUGGGUCUCCAAUGGAUGACUGCCCUGCUGGCCAUGGGAGAGGCGGAGAAAUUCAAGAAAUUAACUCAUAUCUGGAGGAGAAUGUUGUACAAACUGUUUGCGCCACGUCGCCUGGACUCUGUGGAUGCCAUACGUUGCCUGUGCUGCUCCGAGUUUCUGCUGUGGCUGAUGGAAUAUACAGCGAUGGCCUUCGAUCUGGUGGACUCACAUAUGUACUGCCUGUUUGAGGCCCUGCAUGACACAUCGCCCAAGGUGCGCGAGUGCUGCCUGGUGGGUGUAUCGCAGCUGUACACCUCAGAGCCACGUGUGCAGCGGGCAUGCCUGCAGCUGGUGAAGAAGUACAAGCAAUCUGUGCUGCUCAUUGCUGUCGCGGACAAGGAGUGGCUGCUGUGCGAGCUGGCCAUAAGUCUGCUGAUGUCCUGCCUACGCGAUUCGCCUGGUCUGUUGAGCGAGGAGGAGAUUGCCACCAUCGAGGGCCUGAUGUUUGAUCAGAAUCGAGGCGUGGCCCAAGCAGCAGCCGAGCUCUUUGUGCAUCAGUAUCUCCACAGAAAGGAGGAUGAAGCGACGCGCAUACGUCGCGUGGUGACGUUCUUCAAGCGGUUUCCAGAGCAUGAACAUGCCGCAUAUCUGGUGGAUGCUCUGAUCGAAAGGAGCAACGUGCUGCUGGCCUGGGCGCCCAUGGUGGAGAUGCUGCUGAAAGAAGGGGAGGAGGAGCCGCAGCAGAAUGAAGACACCAUCAUCAUUGAGCUGCUCACGCAUGCCGUGAAGCAAGCCAUAACCGGGGAAAUACCCCCCGGACGCUAUACCAAAGAUCUGGUCCAGAGACUGCCCAUGGCAGGGGCCAAGCAAAGAGCCACACGAAUUCUGGCGCCCGUCAUGGCCAAACUACUGCGAAAGCACAAAGAAAACAUUGUAAACGUGAAGAAUCUGUUGGAACUGCCACAGUAUUUUGAGCUCGAGGCCGAGGAGAGUGUCGAGCACUUGCCGCAGCUGAUCAAACGCUUGCAGAACAUAUUCUACCAUCAGAGGGACUUGUCGGUGAUUCGCACGGCGGUCGAGACUCUGGAGAAGAUCAACAUGCCUGCGACCUGGCAGGGCAUCAAGGAAAUACUCAGCACGGCCGUGACGAGCUAUCGCAUGGAAUUACGAAAUUGGUAUGCGACUGCGCGGACUCAGGCUACCAAUAAGAGUAGAGACAAUCGUCUUAUUGAGCGCCUGCAACUGGUGUCCCUGCUCUUUCGACACUUUGACCUCACAAAAUGUCAACUGUUGCCCACAGCCUUGCAGAGCCUCGAACAGUGUCUCUCCGAAGCGGACGGCAGACUGCCACGCGGCACAAUUCACUUGUAUUUGGAGAUUUGCUCGCAUGGCCUCAUGUGGGAGCAGAGGAUAAUAAUGAAAGACACAGCCACCGCUGAGGAUAUUCAGGAGCGAUGUGAAGGUCUUAAAACGACACUGACGGGCGUUAUUCGCAUGGCAUUCAAAGUGAUCAAGUCCAUGCCGAAUAGAUCGUUUCCAUAUGCACUGACCACCAUUUGUGAUCUGUUUGUGCUGUUUGGCUAUCAUCUGCAAAAGCACACGAAUGCGGCUGUGAGCUCUCUGAUGUAUCAGCCAACGAUCGAAGACUUUGAGCUACUUGAAGCUCAUUUGAUGAUGCAUCUAUUCGAGGCUGAAGAACCCAAAGAGCUGCGACAGAAGCACGCCUUUGAUGAGCUGCACAAGAAGCGUCAGGCACUGGCGGGAUACUGCAAAUUGGUGGCUUUUAAUGUAGUGCCCGUCAUGAGGUUUCGUUUUGUAUUGCAGUUCUACGACAAGUUCUAUGAUGCCUUUGGCGACUUAAUGCGCUCCGCCAUGGAGAAAGCGUUGGAUGUAAAUGCCACAAACUAUGGCAUGACACUGAUGCACACCUGCCUGCUGGUCUUUUCGCGAGUGAUGAAUGGCGAGGAGCCACUCGAUUAUCUACUCAAUCUGGCCAAGCGCUUGGCGGAGACACUCAGCGGUGAUCUGCUAAACAGUCGCAAAGGCGUGCUCGCCCUGCAUCGCGCUGGCAUUUAUUUUGCUGCGCAGCGGCAGGAGAAUAGCCUCGUGGGUUCGCCACCACAAUCGCUGCUGUUUUUGAGCGUGCUGGAGAAGUUUGUGCCGCAGCUAUUGUCGCAGGAUAAAAUUGUGAUUCUAAAGCUGCUAAGUGAACAAAUUCCGGCAGAGUUGCCAUCGUGUCGUCGCGAGGAAUGGAAGCCCUUGGAGUGCUAUCGCACAGCCCUGGAGCUGGCACUCAAAUUUAGCUGUCGCCGUGCGGAGUACGAAGCCAUGAAGCAGUACUAAGGAUUGAUUAAGGUAGGACACACAUGCUCUAAGGAUACA